ACUUUACUGUUCAUAUCCAAAAUAUGCAUAUGAUAAGCACUUUUCCUUAACCUCUCAUUUGUCCUGAUUGGCAGCUUACCUAUAAAAUUUAUCGAAACGAUUCGGAAUUUGACAGUUUACCAGAGAUGAGAGUGAAAUAUGACCGUGACGGAGUCAUUAGUCGCGGCAGUGGACACAUUCUGCGAUUCUCCCGUGGGAUGUAAAGCUUGCUUUUUCAUCAUUUCCUUCGCCUGGUUCCUCCACACUCUAUCCUAUGGCAGUGAUGUGUGGGCCGAAAUAUCCGAAGGAUCAGCGGACGCCAAUAUAGGACUAUGGAAUCACUGCAGCAAGUCCACCACCAGUCCAGAUCUAGAUUUUACUUGCUGUGAGACGGUUGGGAACUUUUUGGGGUAUCAGGGUCUAAGAAUUCCUGCAUGGCUUCAUGCAUCGAGAUUUUUUCAAAGUGUUGGCCUUCUUACAUCAAUGGCCUCUGUUAUAUUCUCCAUUCUUUGUACUUUUGUGAGCUCCACUGUUAAUAAGAAAGGAGUUCGAAUUACCGCAGCAGUGCUGAAUUUUGUAGCUGCUGGCGGUAUUUUAAUCGGAGUCAGUAUUUACGGGGGUCAGUAUCGAUAUGAACUCUGGUUGAAGAGUUAUUUCCCCUCCUGGUCAUUUGCUUUUUCUGUCAUAUCAGGGAUCUUUUAUCUUGUCACCGGCUUCGUGUACUUAUUUGCCCAUCCACAUUCAGUUCAUCCAAACUCGCAGCACGGACAAAACCAGCCCCCCUCAAAUACAGCGAGACCUGAGCCUACAGCCCCACCGAUGGAAAAUUCUGGCGGAUAUUGGCCUCCCCAGUCUCACCCUAGCGGCGGAAUAGUGCAGUCACAAUAUCCUCCCCAUAGUGAACGCAAUAAUGUUUCUAAUAAUAGACCCGAGUCCGAUGAUGAAAAUACUUGCUGCAUUUGUUACGACCGUCAACCAGAAAUGUUAUUUUUGCCAUGCAGACAUCAGAGAUGUUGUGAAAUUUGUGCACGAUCUGAUGAUCUGUCACUGUGCCCUAUUUGUAGACAAGUUAUAAUAGAAAAAAUAAAACCAUUCAGAUAAAAUACUGAUUGUCAGAGAGAGAGAGAGAGAGAAGUAUGGUUUGUGUAAAAUGUUAAGCAACUUUGCUGUUUAAUAAUAAUCAUAACUGUGUUAAUUAUAGGCUGGUUAUCUGUGUAUAAUACAUCCUGCCAUAGACUAUAUACACUGAGCUUCUCUCACACGUGACAUUCUUAAAAUAAG